AUGGCAGAAACAAACGGUAGCGGCGCCCUGAACGGCGUUCAUGCCAACGGCAAGGCGACAUAUGCCGAAAAGCACAACUUGCCCGCACACUUCAUCGGUGGCAACAGCCUGGAGAACGCUCCUCCGUCAAAAGUGAAGGAUUUCGUUGCAAGCCACGACGGUCACACUGUAAUCACCAAUGUCCUUAUCGCCAAUAAUGGUAUUGCAGCCGUCAAAGAGAUCCGAUCAGUACGGAAAUGGGCAUACGAGACGUUUGGCGACGAGCGAGCCAUCAAGUUCACGGUCAUGGCCACGCCUGAGGAUCUGCAGGCCAAUGCUGACUACAUCCGAAUGGCUGAUCACUACGUCGAGGUUCCUGGAGGCACAAACAACCACAAUUACGCCAACGUUGAGCUCAUUGUGGACGUUGCAGAGCGCAUGGACGUGCACGCUGUUUGGGCAGGAUGGGGUCACGCUUCUGAAAAUCCCAAACUUCCAGAGUCACUGGCCGCGUCACCAAAGAAGAUUGUCUUCAUCGGGCCACCAGGCUCGGCUAUGCGGUCUCUCGGUGACAAGAUUUCGUCCACCAUCGUUGCCCAGCACGCCGACGUACCCUGCAUUCCCUGGUCUGGGUCAGGAGUUAGCGAAGUCGCGAUCGAUGAGAAGGGCAUCGUUACCGUCCCCGAUCACGUUUACCUCAAAGGGUGCGUAACCUCCUGGCAAGAAGGUCUGGAAAAAGCACGGGAGAUUGGCUUUCCGGUCAUGAUCAAGGCAUCAGAAGGAGGCGGUGGCAAGGGUAUCCGGAAAGUCAUGGACGAGUCACGCUUCGAGGAGCUCUACAAGGCAGCAGCCAGCGAGAUUCCCGGUUCGCCAAUUUUUGUCAUGAAGUUGGCCGACAGUGCUCGGCAUCUUGAGGUUCAACUGCUCGCGGAUCAAUAUGGCAACAACAUUUCCCUCUUUGGCAGAGAUUGCUCGGUCCAGAGGAGGCACCAGAAGAUUAUCGAGGAAGCACCCGUCACCAUCGCUAAGCCCAGCACCUUCAAGGCGAUGGAGGAGGCCGCCGUCCGGCUUGGCAAGCUGGUCGGUUACGUCUCUGCCGGAACCGUCGAGUACCUCUACUCGCAUGCUGACGACAAGUUCUACUUCUUGGAGCUGAAUCCUCGGUUGCAAGUCGAGCACCCUACCACCGAGAUGGUCAGUGGAGUCAAUCUCCCUGCUGCGCAGCUUCAGGUCGCCAUGGGUCUCCCCCUUCACCGCAUCCGUGAUAUCAGACUCCUCUACGGCGUCGAUCCCAAAACAGCCACCGAGAUCGACUUUGAGUUCAAGAACCCGGAGAGCGAGAAAUCCCAACGGCGACCUCAGCCCAAGGGCCACACAACAGCGUGCCGCAUCACUUCCGAAGAUCCUGGCGAGGGUUUCAAGCCGUCAAACGGUGUGCUCCACGACUUGAACUUCCGCUCGAGCUCCAACGCCUGGGGCUAUUUCUCUGUCGGCUCGGCCGGUGGUAUCCACAGCUUCUCUGACUCGCAGUUCGGCCACAUCUUCGCAUACGGUGAGAACCGUGCGGCGUCCAGGAAACACAUGGUUGUUGCCCUGAAGGAGCUCAGUAUCCGGGGUGAUUUCCGCACGACUGUCGAGUACCUAAUCAAGCUGCUCGAGACCGAGGCUUUCGAGGAGAAUACCAUCACGACUGGUUGGCUCGAUGAGCUAAUCUCCAAGAAGCUUACAGCCGAGAGACCCGACCCCAUGGUUGCGGUCGUCUGCGGUGCUGUUACCAAGGCUCACAUCGCGAGCGAAGCUUGCAUUGCGGAAUAUCGCGCUGGUCUGGAGAAGGGCCAGGUGCCGUCCAAGGACAUCCUCAAGACUGUAUUCCCUGUCGACUUCAUCUACGAGGGAUACCGUUACAAGUUCACCGUCACGCGAUCCAGCGCCGACAGCUACCACCUUUUCAUCAACGGCUCCAAGUGUACCGUCGGUGUCCGUGCGCUCAGCGACGGUGGCCUCCUCAUCCUUCUCAACGGUCGCAGCCACAAUGUCUACUGGAAGGAGGAGGUGGCAGCUACGCGCAUGUCUGUCGACAGUAAGACAUGCCUGCUUGAGCAGGAGAAUGACCCCACACAGUUGCGGACUCCUUCUCCUGGCAAGCUAGUCAAGUACUCUGUCGAGAAUGGCGCGCAUGUCAGAGCCGGUGAAACUUUUGCCGAAGUCGAAGUCAUGAAGAUGUACAUGCCUCUCGUUGCCCAGGAGGAUGGCUAUGUACAGCUCAUCAAGCAGCCGGGAGCCACGCUCGAAGCUGGAGAUAUCCUGGGUAUUCUUGCUCUUGAUGACCCGAGCCGUGUUAAGCAAGCGCAGCCAUUCUUGGGUCAGCUCCCUGAAUACGGCAAUCCUGUCAACGUUGGCAAGAAGCCCGCACAGCGAUUCGCCUUCUUGUACAACACUCUUCGAAAUAUCCUCAUGGGCUUCGACAACCAAGUCAUCAUGCUUCAGACUCUGAAGGAGCUGAUCGAAGUGCUCCGCAAUCCAGAGCUGCCCUACAGCGAAUUCUCCGCCCAGUUCUCGGCGCUUCACGCUCGUAUGCCACAGAAGCUCGAUGCCCAGUUCACCCAGAUCCUGGAGCGCGCCCAACAGCGACAUGCCGAGUUCCCGGCAAAGGCACUGGUCAAAGCUUUCCAGAAGUUCAUUGACGACAACAUCGCUUCUGACAUCGAUGCCAACCUGCUCAAGUCCACACUUGCCCCACUGACUGCUGUGCUUGACAUGUACAUCAAUGGCCAGAAAGCCCGAGAACUCAAUGCAAUCGCGGACCUCCUAUCCAUGUACGCAGAUGUUGAAUGUCAGUUCUCGGGUCGCCGCAUACAGGAUGAGGAGGCCAUCCUGAGGCUUCGGGACGAGAACAAGGACGACAUUUCCAAGGUUGUCCAGACGGUUCUUUCACACAGUAGGGUUGCGGCGAAGAACUCACUAGUGCUGGCGAUUCUCGACGAGUACCGUCCAAAUAAACCGAACGUCGGCAACAUCGCCCCGUAUCUUCGGCCUGUCCUUCAACGGAUGGCUGAGUUGGAGUCUCGCCAAACCGCAAAGGUAUCACUCAAGGCCCGCGAGAUCCUUAUCCAGUGCGCUCUGCCUUCACUCGAGGAGAGGAAGGCGCAAAUGGAGCACAUUCUUCGCUCAUCGGUUGUCGAGAAUCGCUACGGCGAAACGGGAUUCAAUCACCGAACCCCCAAGCUGGAAGACAUCAAGGAGGUUGUUGACUCAACGUACACCGUUUUCGACGUCCUCACCCUGUUCUUCGCUCAUGACGACCCCUGGGUAUCUCUGGCUGCUCUGGAGGUAUAUGUCCGCCGCGCUUACCGGGCUUAUCAUCUCAGAGAGAUCGAGUACAAGUCGGAUGACGCGCAGAUCCCAGCCUUCCUGACAUGGACCUUCGCUUUGCGCAAGAUUGGCCAGUCAGAGUUCGGCCUUCCUGCACCAGCUACCCCCGCAUCACCCGCCAUUGCUAAUGAUGCCAGCUUCAAACGAAUCACUUCCAUCAGCGACAUGUCAUACUGGAAUCAUAAGACUCAGGACGAGCCCAUGCGGAAGGGUGUUAUUGUUCCCUGCAAAUAUCUGGAAGACGCGGAUGAGGUCUUGGGUAAGGCGCUGGAGACCCUUCCGAAGUUGACAGGUUUGCGUCAAAAGAGUCCUGGGACUCCUGGCUUGAUCUCUGAUCUCAGCGACAAACGUCGACCGGCGGCAUCCUCCGCUGCAGACACCACUGAGGAGCUGUCAUCGGUGGUGAACAUCGCCAUCAGAGAUGUUGAGGGCCGCAGCGAUGAUCAGAUGCUUAAGGACCUCCACCCCUUGGUUCUGCAGUUCAAGGAGCAGCUCCUAGCUCGCCGCGUCCGCCGUUUAACGUUUGUCUGCGGUCGGAAUGACGGGUCGUACCCUAGCUACUAUACGUUCCGUGGACCAGAGUACGUGGAGGACGACAGCAUCCGUCAUUGUGAGCCAGCCCUUGCAUUCCAGCUCGAACUGGGACGCCUUUCCAAGUUCAAAAUCACGCCUGUUUUCACCGAAAACAAGAACAUCCACGUCUACGAGGGUAUUGGCAAGGGCGUCGAGGCGGACAGGCGAUUCUUCACCCGCGCAGUCAUCCGCCCCGGCCGGCUUCGGGAUGACGAGAUGCCCACGGCGAAGUACUUGGCUUCCGAAGCGGACCGUGUGAUCAACGAUAUCUUUGACGCCCUCGAAAUCAUCGGCACCACAAACUCGGAUCUCAACCACAUGUUCAUCAACUUCACGCCUGUCUUCCAGUUAGAACCGAAGGAGGUUGAGCAGUCUCUGCAGGGCUUCCUGGACAGGUUUGGCCUUCGCGGCUGGCGGCUGCGUGUUGCUCAAGUCGAAAUUCGCAUCAUUUGCACAGAUCCGUCCACCGGUAUGGCGUACCCCUUGCGCGUCAUAAUCACCAACACCUCGGGCUAUGUCAUCCAAAUCGAACUUUAUCAGGAGCGCAAGUCGGAGAAGGGCGAAUGGGUGUUCCACUCAGUUGGUGGAACCACGAAGAUUGGGUCCAUGCACUUGCUUCCGGUGUCGACGCCCUAUCCAACCAAGAACUGGCUGCAGCCCAAGCGUUACAAGGCUCACGUAAUGGGCACUCAGUUUGUCUACGAUUUCCCAGAGCUCUUCCGCCAGGCCAUUCAGAACAGCUGGACCAACACAGUCAAGAAGCAUCCGGCUAUGGCUCAGAAGCAGCCACCUGUUGGUGAAUGCAUUGACUACAGCGAGCUUGUCCUCGACGACCACGACAAUCUCACCGAGGUUGCCCGUGAGCCCGGUACCAACACAUGCGGUAUGGUUGGAUGGAUGAUCAAUGCCCGUACUCCUGAGUACCCCAAUGGCCGCAAAUUCAUCGUGGUUGCCAACGACAUCACCUUCAACAUUGGAUCGUUCGGCCCCAAGGAGGAUAACUUCUUCUUCAAGUGCACGGAGCUGGCCCGCAAGCUGGGCAUUCCUCGCAUCUAUCUUUCGGCCAACUCCGGUGCGCGCCUGGGUCUCGCAAACGAACUGAUGCCCUACUUCAACGUGGCUUGGAAUGACCCUCAAAAACCAGAGGCUGGAUUCAAGUACCUCUAUCUUGACGAUGCGGCCAAAAGUCGGUUCGAGAAUGAGGUUAUCACGGAAGAGAUCACUGAAGACGGAGAAAAGCGCCACAAGAUCGUGACCAUUGUCGGCUCUGAGGAUGGUCUGGGAGUUGAGUGCUUACGCGGGUCUGGUUUGAUUGCCGGCGCAACGAGCAGGGCCUACAACGACAUCUUCACCUGCACCCUUGUUACUUGCCGCUCAGUGGGUAUCGGCGCUUAUCUUGUCCGCCUCGGCCAGCGUGCUGUGCAAAUUGAAGGCCAACCGAUCAUUCUCACCGGUGCACCGGCGCUCAAUAAUCUGCUUGGACGCGAGGUCUACACGUCCAACCUCCAGCUCGGCGGUACUCAAAUCAUGUAUCGUAACGGCGUCUCCCACUUGACUGCCGAGGAUGACUUCGCCGGCGUGUCUAAGAUAGUUGAAUGGCUCUCCUUUGUGCCAGAAAAGCGCAACAGCCCGGUACCCAUCAGCCCGAGCAUCGAUACAUGGGACCGCGACGUCGUCUAUACCCCGCCUCAAAGGCAGCCUUACGAUGUGAGAUGGAUGAUUGCUGGCAAGGAGGACGACGAUGGCUUCCAGCCUGGUCUAUUCGACAAGGACUCCUUCGUUGAGACACUUGGUGGCUGGGCACGGACGGUGGUGGUGGGCCGUGCCCGUCUGGCUGGCAUUCCGAUGGGUGUCAUCGCGGUCGAGAACAGGUCGGUGGAGAAUGUCACCCCAGCUGACCCAGCCAACCCCGAUUCGAUUGAGCAGGUGAUCAACGAGGCCGGCGGUGUCUGGUAUCCCAACUCGGCGUUCAAGACGGCUCAGGCCAUCAACGACUUCAACAAUGGCGAGCAGCUGCCACUAAUGAUCCUGGCCAACUGGCGCGGUUUCUCUGGCGGCCAGCGCGACAUGUAUAACGAGGUCCUCAAGUACGGCUCCUUCAUUGUGGAUGCCUUGGUCAAGUUCGAGCAGCCCGUCUUCAUUUACAUCCCGCCGUUUGGCGAACUUCGUGGUGGAUCGUGGGUCGUCGUCGAUCCAACUAUCAACCCGGUGGCCAUGGAGAUGUACGCAGAUGUGGAGGCUCGGGGCGGUGUGCUGGAGCCCGAAGGCAUCAUCGGCAUCAAGUAUCGCAAGGACAAGCAGCUGGAGACGAUGGCUCGCCUGGACCCGCUCUAUGCCAGUCUCAAGAAGCAGAUCGCGGACAAUAGUCUGUCAAAGGAAGAGAAGGAUGCUAUCAAACAAAAGAUGACUGAACGGGAGCAGCACCUUCUGCCCGUCUACGCCCAGAUCAGCUUGCAGUUUGCUGACUUGCACGACCGCGCUGGGCGGAUGAAAGCCAAGGGUGUCAUCCGAGAGGUUUUGGAGUGGCGUGAGGCUCGCCGCUUCUUCUACUGGCGUGUGCGCAGAAGGCUCAACGAGGAGUACAUUCUCCGGCGUAUCGCAGCUGCAACCGCUCCCGCCGGCAAGGGAGCCACGCCUUCUAUGACUUCCGUUCCCCCUCAGGAUCGCCAACGUCACCUUGACAUCCUUGAGGCGUGGAGCGGCAUCCCCGACUUCCGAAAGAACGAUCGGGAUGUGGCGAUGUGGUAUGAAGAGAACCGGAAAUUGAUCCAGGAGAAGGCGGAGAAUCUCAGGGCCGAAGCCCUGGCCGCCGAGAUGCAGAACCUCAUUCGUGCCGGCAGCAGCUCGAGCGGGGAUCCCUCACAGGGUGCUGGCUGGAGAGGGGUGCGCGAUGUGUUGCGCGUCAUGCCAGUUGAGGAGAGGGAGAAAGUUAUGCAGUUCUUGCAGCAGGUUUAG